CUAUAAGGGCACACAGUCGCACAGCAGAACUGAAACGAAACGACUGGGCUCUCUUGCGCUGCGUCGGUCAGAUCAGAAACCCUAAUAUCAUCAGUCUCUCUCUCCCGCCCUCCCUCUCCCAAUCUGUUCAUCUCGGAUUCUGAAUCCCCGCGACAGUGCCCAUGGCCGAGUUCGAGCAGAAUGUCGAGGAGUACAACGUAGCCGAAGCGGGGCAAACCCUUGACGAGCAUAACUCAGCCCACGACGAGCAUAACGAAGCGCUCGAGGAGCAUGAUGCUGCGCCUGACGAGCAUGAUGCAGCGCCUGACGAGCAUGAUGCAGCCGCCGGGGACCACAAUGCAGAGGAGCAGCCUGACGACGGACAGCCUCAAGAGGAAGAACCUCAAGAGGAAGAAGAACCUGACGAAGAGGAACAGGAGCCUGAAGGGGACUUGGCUCCUCAAGAGAAAGAAAAUGAGGAGGAUUCAGGGGCUGAAGUUGUGGAUAAGAAGUGGCCUGGGUGGCCCGGGGAGAGUGUCUUCCGGAUGCUCGUUCCUGCCCAAAAGGUGGGCGGUAUAAUUGGACGCAAGGGGGAAUUCAUUAAGAAAAUAGUGGAAGAGACAAGAGCCCGUAUUAAGAUUCUUGAUGGUCCUCCAGGAACAGCCGAAAGAGCUGUUAUGGUCUCUGCAAAGGAGGAACCUGAUUCUCCUCUUCCCCCUGCCAUGGAUGGGCUCCUGAGGAUUCACAAACGCCUCAUAGAUGGUAGCGAGGGUGAUUCAGCUAACCUUCAUCCUGGUGGCAAGACCUCGACAAGGUUGCUUGUUGCGGCUUCUCAGGCAGGAAGCUUAAUUGGAAAAGGGGGAGGAACAGUUAAAUCCAUUCAGGAAGAAUCCAACUGCAUAGUUAGAGUUCUUAGCUCAGAGGAUUUGCCAGUUUUUGCUCUCCAAGAUGACAGGGUUGUCGAGGUUGUUGGAGAUGCAUCUGGGGUGCAUAAAGGAAUCGAGCUGAUUGCAUCUCAUUUGAGAAAGUUUCUUGUUGACCGCAGUAUAAUUCCAUUGUUUGAGAUGCAGAUGCAAAUGGGAAAAGCUCCUCCAGUUGAUCAUCACAUGCCUCCUCACCAGCCUUGGGGCCCGCCUCAGGGUCCACCAAUGAAUGCCCCACCUGGUCCAGGUUAUGGACACAAUCCCCAGUACAUGCCACCUCCACGGCAGCUUGAAAGCUAUUACCCACCCCCUGACAUGCCACCUCCUGUGGACCAUCAAACCCAUCAGGGCAUAUCUGCUUAUGGAAGAGAAGCUCCAAUUGGAGGUCAUGUACCAUCAGGUGGCCAGUCAGCACCUUCCAUGAUCAAGCAGAUCACACAGCAAAUGCAGAUUCCGUUGUCUUAUGCUGAUGCCGUUAUUGGGACUGCUGGUUCCAGCAUAAGCUACAUACGACGUACCAGCGGUGCAACUGUUACAAUUCAAGAAACCCGGGGAGUUCCCAACGAGAUGACUGUUGAGAUCAGCGGAACUGCUUCCCAAGUUCAGACAGCUCAGCAGCUGAUACAGAAUUUCAUGGCUGAAGCUGCUGCACCAGCGGCACAGGCACAACCUGGCGCCCCGAUGGACCAAGGCUAUAACUCGCAGGGUUACAGCUCAUACCAAGCCCACGGGUCCGUUUACGCGUCUCCGCCCUCGAACCCGGGGCACGCAGGAGGUUAUGGCUCUGUUUAUGGGUCGAAUUACGGGUAUUAGAGAUGGGGGGAAAACUGUUAUUCCCCAACCCAGUAUGAGUGUAGUUUUAUCGUCGUUGAGUUAUUCGAGACAUUGAAGUGGCAUUGCAAACUUGGAGCUGGUGAAAAUCGAAACGCAGCGUAUAGCAUGUUUCAGUUUCAGAUCUGAUAUUCAACUCAUCCUAUUCUUGCAAUCGUCAUCCCGACUCGAUGUUGUCCGCAUUUUCUUACUA